AUGCCCACCGGCGCCAUGUCCCCCACCGCCCGCUCGCCCUCGCCGCCCAAGGGCGACCGGCCGCUGCACGAGCUGCUCUCGCACUCGCUGGUCGACAUAUACGUGGGGCCCGAAAACACGCACUGGAUCCUGCACGAGAAGCUGCUCUGCGCGCGCUCGCGCUUCUUCCAACGCAUCUUCUACUCGAAGGACCACUCGCAGCAAUCCUACGGGCUCCCCGACGACGAGGACGACGCCUUCGGCGCCUUCGUCGCGUGGCUGUACAGCGGGCACAUCGCGCCGCCGCGCGAAGAAAAGGACCUAACAACACUGAUCGACCUGUACCUGAUGGGCGAGAAGUGGCAGGCGGCGCAGCUGGUGCGCGACGCGCUGCGCGCGGUGCGCGAGUGGUACGCGCGCACCGACACGUACCCGGGGCUCCGCAGGGUCCAGUACGUCUACGCCAACACGGACGAGGACAGCGAGAUGCGCCGCCUGAUGGUGUCGAGCGUCGCGCGCAUGAUGGCGCUCAACGAGAGCAUCCCGCCGCACUGGGACAAGGCGCUGCGCAAGAACGGCCAGCUCGCCGUCGACCUCAUCAAGAGCAUCCAGAGCUGGCGCAUCGACCCGGACAAGGUGCCCGACAUGCGCCGCGUCGUCGAGGAAAAGGCCGACGAGUACGGCCUCGACGGCAGGAAGAAGAAGGAGCUCGAGGACAAGCUGGCUGGCGCCGUCAAUGCCAACGCCGUCCCCCCGGACGUCGAAGGUGGUGUGAACAAGUUGGCCGAGGGUUUCCUCAAGAACGGCCUUGGCGGCGACAACAACAAUGUGCAGCAGGCCAACGACGUUAAGGGCCGCGCUAAGAAGAGGGUCGAUAGCGUGGCUGGCAGCGAGUCCGAGAAGGUGAAGCAGGAGCUCGACGAGAACCUGCCCAACGGCAUUGGCCUGCCUACCGAGGCGCUCGACUAA